UUGUGCGAUAACGACACGUGAAUCGGCGACAAUAAAUACUUGGACUCAAAAUAAACAAAACAGACUUUUGUCGAUUGCGACUGGAACCAUCAAAAUGUAGAUGCUACGAAAAAAGACAAGGGACUACGAAGGAUUUCGUACUGGUAAGCAGACAUGAAAUUAGCAGUGUUAUUCGCUUUAGCUGCAGCUUAUUUUGGUGCACCAUGUUACUCCGAACCCUUUAUCAUGGAACUUCCUGGGUACGCAAAAGCCGUUAUGGGUGGUUAUGGAAACCUUAGUACAUCUUGGUACGAGCCCCGACGUCCAUUCUACUCCUUUCGCUAUUUCCACUAUGCGGCAAAACCCACUUACGAGACUCGUUUUCUGCCACCGGUGCCCUCUAACUAUCCUUACCCCGACGACGAGAUCUACAAUUCAAUCGAUUUGCCACCAGGAUGUGCACAAGGAAACGACAAAGCGUUAGAAGAUUGUCUCAUUCUUAGCGUGUACACGCCGUAUUUCCCGGGCAACGCUUCCGAUACUUCUACCACCUUCGAAAAUUUGCUUCCCGUUAUGGUUUGGAUCCACGGUGGUACUUUCGUUAGUGGUCAAAGUAUUCUUUAUGAGCCCAAUACUUUUACGCUUACGUUUACCCAAAUACAGGGCGGCAAGUCUCAUCAUUUCCCACACAAUUUUCUCUCUCUCAUUUUAUUUCCACAUUGUGAACGGAAAGACAAAGAGGACAAAAAUAACGCAAUCAUCCCAAUUUCAACGUACAAGUGGAGAGAAUUUUUAUUUAAAAAAAUGUUGUGAAUUGUUUCAUCUCUCUGUCACUCAUCC